ACAUCAACAGGAAAUCCUUAUUAAGAGCAAAGUUUGUUUCGAAGGUUAAAUGAGAGAGAAUAGUCUUAACGUUUCAUAACUCUUGGAAUACAGAACAGUGUAGAGACUCUAAAUACAGGCUGCUGAUCCGACAAUUAAACGUACAGUUUAACCGAGAAAAUGAAGGAGUUAUAUAUUUUCUUUGCCGUACUCUUUUCUGGAGUCAUAUGUAAUGGUUUGUAUUCAGAUGAAGUUUCCAAUGAGUAUCAGCACAACCGAUAUCGAAGGCAAGUAGAAGAAGUUUUAAGUUCUCGGCUUCAAGAAUUUAUCGGUAAAGCUCGAAGUGAUGGAAAUGGUACCUUUAAUCCCAGCAGGAUUAUACAAGAAUUUAUUCAUGACCCACUUCCUGUUCCAAACUUCAACAUAAGCAGCGAUACCAUGUUUUCAACUGUAAAUGGUCACCUAUGGGACCUGAAACUGUACGGGCUGAAAGGAUUGGAAGUGAAAAAGGCACAGGUGAAUCUAGCUACUAUGGAAGCAAGCGUGGAGAUGUUUGUACAGUUAAUGAGGCUGGAAGGAGAGUAUAUGCUGAAAGGAUCUGUUACCUUCUUUUCUAUUGAUGGAGGAGGAGAAUUCUGGAUGAACAUCUCGGAUAUCGUUACUCUUGGUCGCGCGAAAUUACAAAUCGUGGCUGUUAAUCAAACUCUGGAAGUAGAUUCUAUUGACAUUGAUAUCGAGGUCUCCGAUAUCCAAUUACACUUCGAUAAUCUUUUUGGAGGAGGAGCCUGGUCAAGUAUCAGUAAUACUGUUCUCAAUCAGCUUAGUGGUAUAAUUUUUGAUCAGGUUAAAAAGUCUAUGUUAGAGGAAAUGAGAGAAAGCCUGCACAAAGAAUUAAACGCACAGUUACAUCACAUUCCAGAGAGUUUUAUUGAUCCCGAGUCGACUACCAUUUUUGAUGAUGCAUUGAGACGAGCUUCUAAGCAGUUAAAGAACAAUAACCUUGACCCCAUUAAACUGCCUGACCAUAAAAAAUCUUUCCAGAAGAAGUUAUUAUUUUUUCGCCUCUAUGGUGAGGUAAAAAUUGUCAAUGGAAUACUAAUUGGCUUAUCGACACUCCAUCGCACUGGCGACGUGCUGAUAACCUACGAAGAUAACGCUGUUAUUCUGGAGGCUAGUAUAGGUUUCAGUAAUCUCACAGGAGGUUAUGAUUGGUCUGCUAACAUCAUGGGAAUUGGUCCUACUGGAUUUGCUUUCCUCUCAAUACGAUCCAUUUCGGUGUACCUGAGAGUAAGACAAGAGCUCCAAAGCGGAAAAAAACCUCUGAUUGAAGCAUUUAAAAUCGAAAAAAUUCGUCAUCUUUGGGUAGACGUAAAAGGCCUUGGAUCAAUGGACUUAGUUCUUGAAAUCAUUGUCAAUUUAGUUACUAAUGCAUUGAAGAUGACCAUAGCUGAUGCUAUAACUGGGCCUGUCCAAAAGGCAGUGCAAAUGGAACUUAAUUCCUUGCCAAUUGCAGUAUUAUAAAUUCGCAUUUUGACUUUAUCUAAAUAUAUACUUAAUAUUGUGUAACGAGACAAAUGUAAUAACCUAAAUAAAAUUCUGUCCAUUAGACAAGCAGAAAAUAAACAAACUAAUAUAAGCUUGUUAUAAAUAAACUGAAUUAUAAUUUUUUCAGUUCGAUUCAAUGUAUCUUACAACGUACGUGGAAAACAAAUAGAAUAAUCUGAAA